UCAUAGUCUUGGUUAUUUCACAGAGACUUCAUGAAAGACCAAGCAGAAUUAUUCUGGUGUUCUACUUCAGUUUCCUAUUUAUAUUUCCAGAUGAAGUUCGUCCUUUUCCUCUGCGGCUUUGCCCUGGCUGCUGCCACCCCAAAAUGGGAACACUUCAAGUUGACCCAUGGAAAGGCCUACUCCAACGCCAAGGAGGAGCUCUACAGGAAGACCAUUUUCGAGAACCACCUCAAGAACAUCGAGGCUCACAAUGAACGCUUCCAGAAGGGCGAAGUCACUUUCGAUCUUGCCAUGAACAGGUUCGGCGAUAUGACCACAGAGGAAUUCGUAGCCCAGAUGACCGGACUGAAGAAACAGGAGAGCCAAGAGACCAAAAUAUUCGCCAGUUUCCCCGAGAAGGAAAGAGCUGUCGAUAUUGACUGGAGAGAUCAUGGUGCUGUCACUGAGAUAAAGGACCAGGGACAGUGUGGAUCCUGCUGGUCCUUCUCCACUACGGGAACAGUGGAAGGAGCCCAUUUCAUCAAAACCGGUGACCUGAUCAGCUUGUCCGAACAGCAGCUGGUCGACUGUUCCACAGAGAACGCCGGGUGCAACGGGGGUCUCAUGGAUCUGGCCGUCGACUACAUCAAGUCCGCCGGAGGGAUCACCACUGAAGCCGAAUACCCCUACGAGGCUGUUGAUAGGAGCUGUCGCUUCGAUCCUUCCACCGUCGCUGUCACAGUCACAGGAUACAUCAACAUUCCUUACGCUGACGAGGUCUCUCUCGCUUCAGCCGUCCACGACCAAGGUCCCACCAGCGUCGCCAUUGAUGCCGGCCACUUUUCCUUCCAGUUUUACAGCUCAGGUGUCUACUACGAACCCAACUGUGACCCCGACAUGAUCAACCACGCCGUCUUGGCAGUCGGUUACGGAACCGAGUCUGGCAGCGAUUACUGGAUCAUCAAGAAUUCCUGGGGCACCGGAUGGGGCAUGGAUGGGUACAUGAAGCUCACCAGGAACGGAGGCAACCACUGCGGUGUCGCCAGCGAUUCUGGUUACGCUACAGUCUAAGCCUAAACGCGGAGUCUCUUCUCUCUCGCUUCUCGAAGGAAUGACGAGCUUUACCCUCCUCUCCUCACAUACUUAAAAAUAAAGGAUACUGAUUAUUAA